AUGCUGGGCUGGCACCGGAGCUUCGCCCUGCCCGCGCCCUGGAGAAGAGGUGAGUCCGCGGGGCGAGGAGGGGACGGGCGCUGCCCUGCCCGGCCCGGCCGCUCCUCCGCCGCCCCCUUCCUUCUCCUCGCCGGCAGCGCGCACGGGACUCGGUGCGAGCGCCCCGCUCCGCUCCCGGGCUGCCCGCAGCGGCCCCGCUCCGGCCCCAUGCUGCGCUCGCUGCUGACCGGCUGCCUGUGCCCGCACGCAGGUAAGAAGAGCCCACCGCCCGAGGACAAGGUUGUGCUGACACACGUGAAGAUACUGAGCCACGAGGGGAUUGCAAACCCAGGGCUGGCCCCGGAGGCGCCGUGUGAGGCAGCCGGCAGAGCGGAGCCGUGUCUCGCGGCCGGAGGCCCCGCCACGGCCGGCCCUGCCCCGGCGGCCACGGGCACAGCCGGCGGGGCCGCGCUGCCCGACCUCGGCGCCUUCGAGCCCAAGUGCCAGCUCCACAGCUUCUCCAGGUUCGAGUAUGAGGACUCUGGGGUCGAGCUGCCGAGCGGAGCCAACUCCCCGUCGACGCCCACGGGCUCAGAGAAGAGCUUCGUGCUCCACAGCAGAGACUCGUUCUGCGACUCGGGGGUGCUCAGCACCUCGUCGUCUCCGGAGAUCGACCACCUGGCCACGAGGACGUGCCAGCAGCGCCCCGCGGCAGGCAGCGGGCAGGAGCCGGCGGCACGAGCGGAGCGCUGCAGCCAGGGCACACAGGCUGCGCUGCCGCCCGCCGCUUCCCUCCCACCGAGCGUCCCGCCGCGGGACAGCGCCCACGGGCCGUCUGACCAAAGCCAAAGGCGGUCUCUGGAACCCCCUGCGGAGAUGGACCUUGCCAGGGAAAGCUCUCUGCCCAGCCCGGCGCCCACGGAGGAGCCCCAGACGCUCGCCGACAGCUUCCCAGGGGGCUUUGGCAGCACGCAGGACCUUCAGCUCCACGGGCCGCAGCUGAAGAAGUACCCCACGAGCGACAGUCUGGACGAGUACAUGGACGAGUGCUGCAGGCUGAGUGAGGUGAACCAAGGCAACAGCAAAGCCCUGGGGUCUGGGCUGGGAUACCUGGAACACAUCUGCCAAUUGAUUGAGAAGAUUGGGCAGCUGCAGGAGCACAACCUGCGUCUCCAGAAGCAAGUGUGCAGCUUGCAGAAAGAGCAGAGGAUGAGCCAGAUAAAAGAGGAGUACCUUCUGCAGCAUUGCUCCUGUGGAGCUGCCAGCGUCUUCCUCAGCUCCUACCAAGAUGUGAAGACAUCUUUUGCUGGGAGGAGCAGACCUCACAGCCUCUUGGUUCAGACUGGAAACCCUUCUGACCUCUCCAUCAUCCCAGAAAUAGGGGCAAAUACUGAAAAGCUGAGCAACUGCAAUGGAGGCGGGAGACCCCCGGAGUCAGAAGGCAGCCAGCCCACGGCCGGGCUCAGGAAGCCAGCACACAACAGGAACAACAAGGAGAAUGAGUUCAGAGAGGCUGUCAGCAUGCCUGAGGGACAGGCCCGUCCACCAAAGGACCCUGCAGUGAGAAAGGGUCUGGACGUGAGCAGGAACGGCUGGGGCGAGAGCCAUGCGUGGGGCAGAGUGAAGGAUCUCAUGAGGAAGACACGGCUGAGAAACCAGAACAAGCUGGGGCUGUCCUCUGCUGCUCUGAAGAGGUCCUGCCCUCAGCUGUACAGGCCAGAUAUCGUGUCUCCGGAGCUGAGGAAAGCCGAGAGGAACUCCAUGAUCCUUCUGGGGCACAGCACAAAGAAUGAAAACAUAUGGCCUUUCUGAUAAGCCCAGUCACGUGGAACAAGGUGAAAAAGGCAAAGUGGGAACACAGUGGACACAAAGCCAGGAAGCCCCAGGGUUAUUUGGUGCAGCCUGCACCCGACAGUUGCCAGCAGAGCCCCCCCAGUCUGAGUGCUGGCAGAGGCUGAGAGGGCCUGUGGACAGAUGCACGCUCAGCCCUGGACACCUUCGCUCCUGAAUCUCAGGUGUACUCACACAGUCAAGCUGCAGAUGAAAACUGCUGUUGGCAGCUUGGCAACACAACCAACAGAGACUCUGAAGGAAGGUUUGGAAACUCAUCGUCCUCCUCUCUGAGUGAAGAACAGAAUUACCCGAAACACUGCAGCCUUGGAAUCACCACUGCUGCCUGGGGACCCUCUCGAGAGGGAACACUCUUCAGCUCUGUGGGACACAGCAGCAUCUAGAAGAGUGCCAGGGACUCCUUCCCCCCUGCAGAAGUGGCUGGUGGAAGGACAAGCUCCCUGUGAGGGGGCUGAGCUGCACUCUCUGCUUGUCCCCAGCGCAGCUCCUCCCUUCAGAGCAGGACCAUUUCACUGGAAUCCAACAGGAACAACCAUUGUCUGUAAAGCCAAGACUUCCCAUGAGGCUGUCCCUGAAUCCAGCACCAGCAGCUCCUGCUCCUGUCCCCUGCACACACCCCUGCCCUGCAGGAGCUGCCAUGGGGCAGGCCCAUGGCAGAGGCGAGCGCGAGGGGCACCGCGGGAACCAGCCUUCCAAGGGGCUGGAGGGAGCAGCCAAAGCAGCCCCUCAGCUUCCCCAGGCAGCCCCUCAGCUUCCCCUGCCAGCCCAGCUCUGGUGCUAGCAGUCUUUUGAGGGGGCAGCCAGGCCUGAGGUCACACUUUUAAGUCACAAGCUCAGUCCUGUGGCUGUGCAGGGGAGACCCAAGGCUGGAGAGGGGAUGCUCAUGCUGCUGUAGGGCUCAGCCUUUGUGGCUCUGCUCUCCCUCCUGCCUUUUCCCAGCAAGGGUUAUUCAAAGACAUACAUCCCUGCCAGGCUGCUGCUCCUUUUGGGCCCCAUCACCAGCUGGCUGACACCAUGGCCGUGGUGGUGGCUGCCCCGUGGCCACGCAGCCAUUGCCUGCAGAGUCCAGGGCCAGGCAGCACACGCUGCUGAGGGGCCCAGAGCUGCAGUGCUCUGUCACGCCAGCUCCUACUGGUACUAGCACAAUGAUUCCUGCAUGUGGAGUAAAGAUUUAAAUAAGACAACUUGGCCUCUUGAAAGACUACUCCCUAAUUUACAAGAGUAGCUGCAAGUCAAGCAAUUGCUGGUUAAAAAUCCCUCCUCAGCCCAAACCUGCCUCUGAACCAAGGUGCUAGCAGGAACGGUCCCACGGCAGCAGGCUCAGCCUCUCAGUGACAGAUGCUCCCCCCUUGCUCACUCACAGCCUUGGAGGCUUCAAAGCCAGAGCAGGGGCUCUUCCAAGACUCCAAGCACCCCAGCCAUGCUCUGCCCAGGGCAGCACUGAGCACAGGCAGUGAGUACUCACAAGGCUUCUUCCUACUGUUACGACCUCCAAAACCCACCCAGCCCUCCCUUAAAAACAGAAAGGCUGUGCUGACUCAGAGUGAGCCCCCUAAAGAAGGUGCUGUGUGUAAUGUUUCAGUGGUAGCUGCUGCUGGGGGCCUUUGGUUAUUUGCUGUGCAUCAUGCUAGCUUCAUGCAAAGCUAGAAAGGGUUAUAACCUGAUUAUUCUGUGAAUAGUCUGUGUAUCUCCACACCUACAUGGAACCAAACUCCUGCAGUAACUCACACCCUCCAUUACCCCUCCAGCCUUACAGAGGCUGGAAGGAAGGUGAACAUCAAUGCAAACUGAAGCUGUUUUGAGAUGGAACUGAAGCUGUUUUGAGAUGGAACAUCGUGAGCUGGUAACUGCUCCCCCACCAGCAGCCCCAGGCCCAGGAGGGGUGGGCUGGGGUCUGGUUCUUAUUUUAUAAACUAAAAUGAACUAGCACUCUUUUAUUACAGCCUUGUAUGAAAUAUAUUGCUGUGUUUUCAGAACUGAAGCUGUUUAUGACCUGUACCAUACUGUAUGGGUCUCCAGCCCAGGGUGCACUGUAAUGCAAGCAUGAGGAACUCAAUAAAGGCAUCACUGUCAUGGCAA